AUGGAGGAAACAGCAGAGGAUGACAAAUCACUACGAACACAGUGCUCAGUUCAUAAUUACCAGUUCACAUGCAAACUCAUAGAGUUGGUUACUGAUUGUAAACCUGGGUAUAUCAUGGAUCGUCUACGAAAUCCCUGUGGUGACCGACUGAGAAAAAUAGGUAAUGUGAAGACUUGUCUACAAGUUGCUGCUGAAAAAGGCGUAGACAUUGGAGGUAUUAAAGCUGAGUCGGUUGUAGCGGGAUCUAGAGAAACUAUCCUUGAGAUGUUGUGGAAACUCGUAGGGGUUUAUGUGAGUGUUGGUGACGAACGUAAGCUGAGACGAGCAUUGCUAGUGCUUUCUCGCACUGGCAACGGCCUAAAAACAAUGGACGGGGACUCUAGCGCAAAUGUGCAAGGGGAACAAUUGGUUCUUCUUUUGUGCCAACGAAUUGGUUGCCUUUUGGGAGUGCAGGUGGAACAACUGGACGACCUUCGUGAUGGUCGUGUUCUCUCUGGUGCUUGGCGCAUCUUCAAUGUUCAUGCCCCCGAUAUUCGUCUCUAUCCUGGCGAAUCACUUUUUUUAAAAUGUGUAAAUGCUGCUGCUUCUGAGCUUGAUGUUCCAUGGGGCUUGCACAAGUCGAUUGGCUUAUUUACGGUCCACUACCUUUCGAGCCUUUUCUCCAUCCGUGAAAUUCACGAUGCUGCCAUUUGUAUUCAGAGAGCCUACAGGUCCCACAAAUUCUUCAGUACACUCACGAAACUUUUGCAACAGACGAGGGAUGGUACUCGCACUUCUGAAGUGGGUAAUCGGUCGUCACUCAUGAAAACAUACGUAUUGGCUCCUAAUGCAGGUGAUAAAGCGGAAACGACUAAGUUAAAUCUCAGCGGAGAGGAUGCAAUACGCGCAGUACUUGGAGAAGUGCGAGAAAAGAUCGAGUUGGGUAAACAGUUGACAAGUCUGCAAAAGGAAGAGCAUGCCAAGGAAGUGAUAUUUGCUGAUUCCGCUAUCAAGAUACAAGACAAACUCCAGAAUUGGCAGAGGGUUUUGGCGGAGAAUGGACUCCGGCUGAACGUGGAGAAGACCAAGUCCGUCAGCUCCGAAGAGGGCACGGAGUCAAUCGUCGACGGUCGCGGAGAAGCCAAAGGUCUAGGACUUCCGCUACCUGUUGAGUGA